CUGCCCUUGAAGCUCAGAUCACCAUCGAUUAUUGCCCAUCAUGAAGUUAACGAUAAAGACGCUCCAGCAGAAGAUGUUCCAGCUCGAAGCCGAGGGGUCAGAGACCAUCGCAGAUUUGAAGCAAAAGAUAUCCAACACACAGGGCCACUCUGUAGAGAGCCAAAAGCUCAUCUUUUCCGGCAAGAUUCUUACAGAUGACAAGACGGUUGCAUCGUGCGAGAUCAAGGAAAAGGACUUUUUGGUAUUGAUGGUUUCAAAGUCUAAACCUCAACCACCCCCGGUAAUUGCCUCGACAUCGACGCCACAGCCUGAGGCUGCUGCACCCGCCCCGGCUCCGGCACCAGCAGCACCUCAAGUUCUAGCACCAGCUCCCGCAGCACCAGCACCAGCUCCUGUUGCGCCAUCUGUCCCUUCUGCUGCCCCCGCAGCAGCACCUGUAACAGCUGACGGCAGCUUUUUGACUGGAGAAGCGCUCCAGUCGACAAUCAAUAAUAUGGUUGAGAUGGGCUUUGAACGCGAACAAGUCACUCGCGCUCUGAGAGCCAGUUUUAAUAACCCUGAUCGUGCCGUCGAAUACUUGAUGACGGGCAUUCCUGCGCACCUCAUGCAUGAAGCAGCGGGCCCUGCUGCGCGACCAGCGCAGACGGGGGGUGUAGCACCUACUACUCCCGCCGCAUCCGCACCCACAUCUGCUGCACCCGCAGCCCAGCCUGCUCCAGUUGCCCCAACUGGCCAACCCCAGAAUUUGUUUCAACUUGCACAGCAACAACAACAACAGCCUGGUAGCAGAGGUACGGCAACCGCCGGUGCGGGAGCUGGAGUUGGUGAAAUUGAUCUGGAGGCCCUUCGAAACCACCCCCAGUUUCAGCAAUUGCGUCAGCUAGUCCAGACCAACCCGAAUCUGCUUGCGCCAUUGGUUCAGCAAAUUAUGGAGCAGAAUCCACACCUUGGACAACUAUUUGAAAGUAACCCUGAAGCAUUAAUGCAAUUACUCAAUGGGGGUGAUGAAGGUGAAGGCGAUGGUGCCGUGCCACCCGGCGCACAAGUAAUACAUAUUACGCCGGAGGAGCAGGCUGCGAUUGGUCGGUUGGAGGCUUUGGGUUUCUCGCGCCAGAAAGCUGCUGAGGCAUAUCUGGCAUGCGAUAAGAAUGAGGAACUUGCAGCCAAUUACUUAUUCGAGACCGGUUUUGAUGACGAGGAGGACCAAUGAUGUGUGAAGUUCUUUGCAUUAUUGUAGUUCGUGUAUAUACUCAAGGCUGAGUCAAGUUAGCAACUGGAUGGAGUUGUGACCCUGCACCAAAGUAAAAUUAAUUUGUGAUUUAUUUAUUAUUGAAGUUCAUACGGAAUGCUUUCACCUC